UCUCAAAAGAACUUUUUAACUCCACCACCACCCCCAACUCCCCCUUGCACCAAAUUCGCCACUACUACCCUUGCAAACUCCACAACACCACCAUACAACACAGAACACAGAGAGAGAGAGAUUGAAAGAUGGGACGAAAAAGCUUCAAGGUAGAGUUCGAUGAAUCGGCGCCGGAUGACUUCGAUCCAGCGCACCCAUACAAAGACCCAGUCGCAAUGCUAGAGAUGCGCGAGCACUUGGUGCGCGAGAAAUGGAUCGACAUUGAAACCGCCAAAAUCCUGCGUGAGAAGCUCAAAUGGUGUUACCGCGUUGAAGGUAUUAAUCACCUUCAGAAGUGCCGCCACCUUGUUCAACAAUACCUUGAGUCCACUCGUGGUGUUGGUUGGAACAAAGAUCAUCGUCCUCACUCUCUUCAUGGUCCUAAGGUGGAAUCUGUUGAGGAUGAAUGAAUCUAAAGCUGGUUCUUGCAUUAUUUUGAGCUUCUGCAGACUUUGCUUUGUCUAGGACCUGACUGCGUUACCUAAUUGAUCUAAUAUGCUCCUCAUUCAAGUAUCCCUUGUUCCAGCAAAAGCAGAUAUGAUUUAGGAAAUGAUGUACUGGGUUGAUGAAUUUAUUAUGUAAUCAAAUUGUUAACUGUAAGGUACUGUGUUAAUUAGUAACUUAUGUGUUGAGCUAGUGGUAAAGUUGUUCUAUGUGUUUAAACUUCUGUAACGUUUUGUUGCUAGAAUAAUGGCUGCUAGAGAAAUCACAUUGAAACCUUUAUUUUUAGUUUCUAAAAUGAAAUGUAUAUUCUGUUUGCAGAUCACUAAACCUGCUACCAUGCUGGUAGGGCGAGGAUGUAAUGUUAUAAUACUGCUGGCCUAUGGAAAUUGUGCCAUGACAUUAUCUGUGUA